AUGGAUAGGGACUACAACUAUUAUUCUUACUGGGACUACUUCUCCAUCCCUCUCCACCUUUGCUUCUUCAUUUCCAUCCUCGUCUUCAUCUUGGGCUUCACAUGGUACAUCAACUACGAGUCAAUGUUUGAGGAUUUGAUGACUCAGGUCAAACUCUUCCUCAUGCUUGUUCCGCUGCUGCUUCUUCUUGUCGUCCACUGCUUAUCGGGUGGCUUGUCGUUUUUUCUGCCGUUUCCGGAGAAGGAUUCGCUGCAUAGGGCCGGAGGGUCUCCGUGGGGUGUUGGACUUGUGCUUGUGUUCCUCUUGAUCAUGAUCUCUUACCAGUCUUCUUUCCACGAACGAUGGUUUCCCUUACUAAGUAGAUGA